AUGUAUCGCAUCUGGAACGUCUACGUGCUGGCCGCCUUUGGCACCAUUGGCGGCAUGCUUUUUGGUUUCGAGGUGUCGUCCAUGAGCGCGUGGAUUGGCAGUGACCAGUACCGCGCGUACUUUAACGACCCGGACAGCACUACACAGGGCGGCAUCACCGCCUCCAUGUCUGGUGGUUCCCUCAUCGGUGCCCUCAUCGCCGGCCAAAUUGCCGACAUGCUCGGCCGCAAAAUCGCCCUCCAGAUCGCGUCCGUCAUCUGGAUCAUUGGCGCCGUCCUGCAGUGCUCGUCCCAGAACAUUGGUCACCUCAUCGCCGGUCGCAUCGUGGGCGGUCUCGCCAUCGGCAUCACAUCCUCGCAGUGCCUUGUCUACCUCGCCGAGCUGGCCCCGGCCAAGACGCGCGGCCGCAUCACGGGUAUCCAGCAGUGGUCCAUUGAAUGGGGCAUCCUGAUCAUGUACCUCAUCUCGUACGGGUGCGUGCGCGGCGUGUCCGGCCCUGCUGCGUUCCGCAUCGCCUGGGGCAUCCAGGCCGUGCCCGGCUUCAUCCUCUUCUGUGUGCUCUUCUUCUUCCCCGAGUCGCCGCGCUGGCUGGCCAACAAGGACCGCUGGGAGGAGUGCCACGACAUCCUGGCCAACCUCCACGCCAAGGGCGACCGCGGCAACGUGCUCGUGCUCGCCGAGCUCGACGAGGUCCGCGAGGCGGUCCGCAUCGCCAACGAGAGCAAGGACAUUGGCUACCUGGGUCUCUUCGCGCCGGGCGUGUGGAAGAGGACGGUGGUGGGGGUCAGCGUGCAGGUCUGGCAGCAGCUCCUGGGCGGCAACGUGAUGCUCUACUACCUCGUCUACAUCUUCAACAUGGCGGGCAUGUACGGCAACAUUGCCCUGACGUCGUCCAUCAUCCAGUACGUCAUCUUCCUGGUCACUACGGGCGCCAUCCUGCCCAUCAUCGACCGCGUCGGCCGCCGCAAGCUGCUCCUCGUGGGCGCCGUCAUCUGCGCCGUCCUGCACUUCGCGACGGGCGCCGUCAUGGCCGUGCACGGGCACCACGUCACCAACGUGGACGGCAACUACAACCUCAAGUGGUCGAUCACGGGCGCGCCGGCCAAGGGCGUCAUCGCCAUGUGCUACAUUUUUGUCGGCGUCUACGGCCUCACUUGGGCGCCCGGCGCCUGGAUCUACGCGGCCGAGGUGUUCCCCCUGCGGUACCGCGCCAAGGGUGUCGGCCUCGCGGCGGCCGGCAACUGGGCCUUCAACCUGGCCCUCGCCUUCUUCGUCCCGCCUGCCUUCACCAAUAUCCAGUGGAAGACGUACAUGAUCUUUGGCACCUUUUGCAUCGCCAUGACCUUCCACAUCUUCUUCACCUACCCGGAGACGGUCAAGAAGUCGCUCGAGGAGAUUGACACCAUCUUUGACAAGAAUCUGCCGCCCUGGAAGUCGGACAAGGUCGGCGGGUUUGACAAGAAGGUGGCGUCCAUGUCGGCGGGCAAGGACGGUCCCGAGGCAUCCCAGGCGGAGACUGUCUAG